GAGAGAGAAAGUGAGAAAAGAAAGAGAAUGAAAGAAAUGAAAGAGGCGGAUAGAGAGUGAGAGACAAAGAGUGAAAAGAGAGAGAGAGAGAAAAUGGAAUUUCUCUAUUUCACAUGUCCUCACUUUCUUCAUUAUAGAUUCACCAAGGUGAUGGAAUGGGACAAUGUCCUUUAAUGUUUGCCUUUGAAUUGGGCGCCAAUAGAAGAAUACUCGAAAUAUUGAUUGAAGCAGGAGGAGAUGUGGGAGCAAUAGACUGCGAAGAUGGUCGUACAGCUUUACAUUGUGCUGUUGAAGAUGAUCAACUUCAAGUAGUGGAGAUCUUACUAUCACGGGGUUGUGACGUUAAUCCUCGAAAUGAGGAUGGUCGAACACCGCUGCACUUCGCCUGUUGGUUGGGAUCCUUGCACACUGUCGAAAUUUUGUUGGGUCACAAUGGCAUCGAUGCCAAUGUGGUUGCCAACAAUGGAGACACACCACUGCAUAUGGCAGUUCGGAGGCGAAAAUAUAAAGUGGUGUGUGCGAUGCUGAAGCAGGAUUCGGUGAAUUUAGAAAUUGUGAACAAAGAAUACAGGACACCAUUGCUUGAAGCUGUUCGGACGGUCACCUCGGAAUAAUGCAGCGGCUGAUAGCCAGGGGCGCGAAUGUAAAUGUUGUCGAACAUGGAGGAAAUAAUUGCCUGCAUCUGGCGUUAAAAAGAGAAAACAACUUUCAUUCUGAGGUGGAGCACAUGACCAUGUUAGAUCAGAAGAGAGGUUCA